AUGGAUAUCUGGAAACGGCAGGGGGCAGUUCUGGACUCUGUGGUAAAGAGCCCGGACUCAAUAGUGGUGGUGACCAGGCCGUUUAGCAGGGCCAAGUUUGACAGCUCGGUGGGAGCCAAAUACCGCGAGCAGCCGGUCGUCAGUCCCGAGUGGGUGGUGGACUCGCUUGUGAACAGGCGAUUGAUGCCUCUUGACCAGUAUAGGUACAGCUUUGAUGAGAAAAAGCAGGAAGUUUCAAGGGAGCCAGAGCAAUUGGAAGCAAGCGACCCGCACAAGGCGGACCAGCGUCUGGUUGGAUUUUUGAGCAUGGGAGCGCACGGCGAAAAAGGUCGGAUGGGCGAGUUUGCGAACAACGCCAAGGUGGUGGAGCGGUUUGAGGAAGCCAUUAGGAUAUACGAGCUGAUGCAGUUUUUCGACAAAAACAACGCUUUCCGCAUCAAGAACUACCGGCUGGCGAUCAGCGCGAUCGAGAGCUUGGACAAGCCGCUGACAAGUGCGCAGGACCUCAAACGGUUCGGACUAGACCGCGGAGGCAUUGCGCAGCACGUGGAGGAGAUCCUACAAACGGGCACGUUUUCAAAGCUUGAAACGCUGAAACAGCAGGAGAUGGGCGACGAGCGGUACCAGCUGAUGACGCAAUUCAGGAAAAUAUACGGCGUCGGGGACAAAACGGCGUACCGGUUUGUCAAGGCGGGCUACAGAAGUAUUCAGGACAUUUUGCACGACCAAGAAAUGUAUGCAAGUCUCACGGACGCCCAAAAACUGGGAAUUCUGCACUAUGACGACUGGAACGAGCGGAUACCACGCACGGAAGUGGAAAGGCAUUACAAUUUCGUGGUGAAAGAGGCGGAAGAAAUAGACAAAAACCUGAAAGUAAUGCUCAUGGGGUCGUAUCGGCGUGGAGCUGAGGCGAGCGGCGACAUCGACCUCAUUGUCUACACGGAGAACGUCAACGAGGCGAGCCAGGUCCACGAGAACCUGUACAAACUCACUCGCAGGCUCCAGGAGUCCGGAUUCAUAGUCUGUUCCAUGACAGAAGUCUCGCCCGCAAUGCACAAGUUCAACGGCGGCUGCAAGCUGCCAGGAGCACAAAAAUGUCGUCGGUUAGACAUAAUUGGCAUCCCGCACGCGGAACUGGGAGCAUCGACCAUCUACUUUGUCGGGAACGACAUAUUCAACAGGUGUCUGAGGUUGCUUGCUCAGAUCAAGGGGUAUCAUCUGAGCAACAAAGGCCUGUUUCUGGCUGCAGAUAAAUCCCUUGUCGAGAGUUUUGACGAACGCAAAAUUUUGCGCACUCUGGGCCUCGAUUGGGUAGAAUACAAGCACCGAAACAUUUAG